GCCUCGAACCACCGCGCUCGCACACCAACUUAAUUGUGCACGGAGCGAACUUAUUACCAAGGCGGCGGUAGAAGAAGCGGAAACAGACUCUAGUAUUUAUUUCCUAUUAUUACAAGAACCAUGGACCUCAGCAGAGGGAUACCCACCAGAAUCGAAUCUCUUUUAUAUUUUUACAGCGAGCAAUACCAAUACAAAAUGCGCAACAUACGUCCGCAAACAUGCCAACCUCAAACCAAAACACCACUACACACACGAUAAUUUCAUAGUAUCGAUUACGGUAGAAAUCCAGAACAAAAAAACCCAAAUCCUAAACAUAUACUCCCCAGGCCGAAGUGGCCCCUUCGCUCAGAUAGCAAGUACAAUCCAAACCCUUGAUAAUUGUCUAAUAAUGGGAGACUUCAACUGCCACCAUCAAAUGUGGUACGGAGUAAAUUCAUAUGAAUACAGAAACAAUAUUCGAGCAGACCGCGUCAAUGGUGCACGACUAAAACGGUGGAUAACCCGACAGAAACUGUCCCUCCUGAACGAACCAGGCGUCUUUACGCACUUCCCCAGAGACAGAGGGAAAAGGCCCACAACCAUCGACCUUACAUUUGUAAAAGGCCCAAUACUCGAUCACAACCUACGAUGGAGCACUGAACCCUACGGAGCGGGCUCAGACCAUGGGAGAACCUCCGUUCACUUACACUUGGAGAAACCACAUUUUGUACCAAGACGAAUGUGGCGACAAACAGACUGGAAGCUAUUGGAAAACCACAUGUCAAACAUUUCCAUCCCUGCAGAGGCAUGGGAAACCAAGGAACUUACGGAACAGACUGUUGAUUUCUUUCUAGAUCUGGUCAGGUCAACAGUCAGCAUAGUAACACCGCUCUCGAAGGAGGGGGUAAGAGCCAACUCUUGGUGGUCAGAUGAAAUGAAACAAAUGAAGGCAAAGGUAAAUGCAGCAGAAAGGAAGGCGAGGAACACAAGGAAACCCAAUCACGUGGAGGAACACCGGAAGGCUUGCAGAGAAUGGACAGUCAUGAUCCGGAAAGCAAAAGCGGACCAGCGGGAAAAAACGAUGAACGAGGCGAAAGGUAGUGAAGUCUGGAGAAUCCUAAACGUAGGAAGAAGAAGAGACACAAUCAUACCAACCAUACAAGGUGAAGAAACGUUCACGGGGAAGUGCCAAGCUCUAAGAGCCCAACUUUUCCCCUCGAAACGGACGUCCCCCGACCACCCCCCCCUAAACAUUAGACCCCCUUCUUUUGACCUUAGCAACACCUUCGACAUAGUCACCCCCGAAGAACUUAAUAAAGCAAUCGACUCCUGUCCAGCGCACUCGGCGACCGGCCCGGAUGGCAUUCCUUAUACCUUUAUUAAAGCAAUAGUCAAAGCAAACACAACUCUAAUCCAAGAUAUGUUCUCCGCCAUGCUCCGGCACGGCGUACACCCAGCGGAAUGGAAAAUAGCUAAGUGUAUCCCGAUCCCGAAACCCGGUAAAGCAAACUAUCAUGAAGCAAAAGCCUACCGGCCCAUUUCCCUUCUACAAUGCUUCAGCAAAAUCCUGGAGAAGAUAGUGGCCCAAAGACUCUGCACCGCUGGAGAAAUUCUAGGCACACUCUCAGCGAAUCAAUUUGGAGGAAGACCAACCAUCUCGGCAAUCGACGCCCUGCUGAGAACCUUAACGCCAAUACAACAAAACCUACUACUGAAAAACAGUACCGGAGUCGCUCGGCGAGACAGACCAGCGAUCCUAACCAAUGAUAUCCAAGGAGCAUUUAACUGCGUCGACCACCUACUCCUCGCGGAAAUCAUGCAACAACAAAAAUUCCCUACCUACUUAACAGAAUGGUGCAAGGAAUUCAAUACCGGCAGAAAACUACAGUUUCAAUUCAACCAUGAGCUAGAAGAGCCACAGCCCUAUGAUUCUGGAGUGCCGCAAGGUAGCCCCAUGUCCCCGGUGCUAUUUAUGAUCUAUGCUGGAGUAAUGUAA